AAUUACUCUCACUCUUCUUCCUUCUCUAGUCCCGCCCUUUUAGUUACUCCCUGUGGACAGUAAUCGUAACCCGAAAAGAACCGGCAAAAGUGCCUACGUGGAGUUCAGAGGAGCGGAAGUAGUCAAAUUUCACUUAAGCCGUAAGGCGCAACUGGCGGGCUCCCUUUCCGGCUAGAGACAACAGCUCCGACUGUCAGUGCUGGCCUUCCUCGUAUAAGGCUAUCUGUGGGACCCUUCUUAAUUCAAUUUCCUUCCCAGUCCGGGCCCUUCCCUAUCGUCGCCCCUUCCACCUUGGAUCAUGUUCAAGAAAUUUGAUGAGAAAGAAAAUGUGUCCAACUGCAUCCAGUUGAAAACUUCAGUUAUUAAGGGUAUUAAGAACCAAUUGAUAGAGCAAUUUCCAGGUAUUGAACCAUGGCUUAAUCAAAUCAUGCCUAAGAAAGAUCCUGUCAAAAUAGUUCGAUGCCAUGAACAUAUAGAAAUCCUUACGGUAAAUGGAGAGUUACUAUUUUUUAGGCAAAGAGAAGGGCCUUUUUAUCCAACUCUCAGGUUACUUCAUAAAUAUCCUUUUAUCCUGCCACACCAGCAGGUUGAUAAAGGAGCCAUCAAAUUUGUACUCAGUGGAGCAAAUAUCAUGUGUCCAGGCCUAACUUCUCCAGGAGCUAAGCUUUACCCUGCUGCAGUAGAUACAAUUGUUGCAAUAAUGGCAGAAGGAAAACAGCAUGCUCUGUGUGUUGGAGUUAUGAAGAUGUCUGCAGAAGAUAUUGAGAAGGUCAACAAAGGAAUUGGCAUUGAAAAUAUUCAUUAUUUAAAUGAUGGGCUGUGGCAUAUGAAAACAUAUAAAUGAGCCUCAGAAGGAAUACACUUGGGCUCAAUAUGGAUAUUGCGUUGUACUUCUGUGCUUGUGGCUAUGUUUGACAAUAUAAAGACGGUGUCCCUGAUUAUGCUGAAUAAAU